AUGUGUUGGUUUGUAUCCCGAGCUUGACUUGAUGGUCUUCGCAGCACCAGUCACUGUCUUGACCCAACCGCACACCAUAAACGACUGCACAGUGACUUUCAGAUCUGCAAUGCUAUGGCUUUGAAUACCGUGAACAAGGUCGAGAGCCCGGCUCCCACGACGACAUACUCUAGCACAGCUGUCCGUCCAGCCAAAGACUCACCAACGACUUCCGUGACAGGAUCAAACACGACGACUCUCGUGGCAUCCGUCAAUCCUACGUCCAAGACAAUUUCACUUUCAAGCAAGACCUUUGCCAUAGCAGGCGUUGCUGCUGCCAUCGCGGUAAUAUCGACCAUAAUCCUCGGCCUAACAAUAUAUUGCUGUCUGCGACGGAGGACAUCACGAAAACUUCGAGGUCAGGCCGAUCCCUUUCCAGUCAUGCGCAGGGGCUAUAGAGCCCUUCAUGAUGACACUGCAGUCGAUGAGACGAGCCUACCACAUCGCCCCCAGAGGACUCUGCUCUCAUCGACCAGGUACUCACCGUCCACUGGCGUCGACAGCUCGACCUACACCAUGGGUGAGAAGCGUCAAGGACCGGAGCCGCAGGAGAUGAUGGGUGUGGGGUUGACACCUGAGGAAUUCGAUCGCCGUAGCAACUCCAGAUCACCGGCACUUUCUGUUGAGGGUCCUGUCGAGCUUGCCUCUCAGCGCUUCUCUGCUGUGAUUCCAAAAGACGUGGACGAGGAGCAGCCGCGGCCUGAGACGAGACCGGGGAGGAGAAGAGAGCGACAGUCACAGUUGAGAAGCAGUCCAGCUAUACGGGAUUUGCGUGUUGAAGCAUCCCGAAGCCCGUCUGCAAAUCCAGCCGGAAGACUGCUUCCCAGUGGUUGAACAGACCAACUUACUCACAGUGUACUUGCAUUCAGUCCGGAGAGAGCCGCUAGGACUACAGCGGAGACGACAUGCUUGCACAGGAAUCCUUCAAACACUUUGACGCCGGUAUCCCGGUGACAAGACAACAUGAACUUUGGAAUGUCUUGCGUCGGAAACGGAACGCAGUAUUGCCGCUAAGGCGAGAUUCUAGUCGGUGAGCGUCAAGGGACUGCGAUGUCUUCGAUAUUGGGAUAUCUUGAUCCGGGCAGGGAGCAUGGAAAGGAAAUUAGAAAUCGGAUCUUCUCAUUUGCUGGGAAUAGACGAGGCU